CGCUCCAGCCGUAAACCUUACUUAAUCCUUUCGUUUUCAAUCCCCCUGCCGUCCCCUUCCUCAAAAAGGCCGCACGACCGCGACGUCCAGAUAAGCAUCGCCGCCGGCAGGAGGAAGAAGACGGCGACGGCGACGGCGGCGGCGGAGGAGGUCGAGCUCGCCGACCCCAGAUAGAGCCUGCGAAACAGCUAGCCAGAACCCUAGGAUCGGCGCCGGGCGGCGAUCGGAGAUCGGGGGACCGGAGGAGGAGGAGUGGUGCGAGGGCGGCGGCGAUGGAGGUGGAGACCAGCGGGGAGAAGGAGGGCGGCGCGCGGGUGCCGCUGUCGGAGGUGGUGUCCGACUGCGUGAAGCGGUGGUUCAAGGACACGCUUAAGGAGGCGAAGGCCGGGGACGUGAAUAUGCAGGUCUUGGUGGGUCAGAUGUAUUACAGCGGGUAUGGAGUCCCCCGGGAUGCUCAGAAGGGAAGAAUUUGGAUCACCAAGGCAUCAAGGAUUCGCACUUCUGUAUGGAAAGUUAGUGAUAAGCGUCCAGGGUAUAAUGCCAGUGACUCGGAUUCAGAUGAGAUAAAAGACAAUUCUGAGGGGUCGAAGCACUCAUGACAAUUGUUGCAGGUUAUGAGGGACUUACUUGGGGGUUCACGUCUGUGUGGCACCUUCAGCUUCCCUUUCUGUUAACUUUUUCCCCUUCAUCUACCAUGUAAUCAGUCUUACUCCAAUUGUUUUAGUCAAGGAAGGUGUAUUUUACUUCACUUUAUCUGGUUUCACAUUUGCACAGAGUUUGGUUGGGAUAACCUUUUCAGCCUUUUGGCUGAAGAUCAAGUGAGAGGUUGGUUUGGGGGCUUCUUUUUUUCUUCACUUAUUUUCGUUUUUAGCUUACUGUGUUGGGGGUAUAUACUCGAUGGAGUCAGAAUCUCAGAGUUACGAUUAGCCAUUGAGCUGCACCGACAAACCGGUGUCCAUUCAGAGAAUUGCUUUGUGUAUAUUGUAUACCUUUCAUCCAGUGCUACGAUAUUUUUCCCUCUCUGGAGGUCAGCAACUUGGGAUUCCUGACCAUAUCUGCCCACCUCUCCUGCCCACUGUGGCAGCUUAUGCAAUUUCACUUCUCCAUUCCUUGAUAUAUUCGAACAGCUUGUGGGAAAGACGAUUCUAUUCUUUGUGAAGUUACUUUGUGUUAAGACUCAA